GCGGUGAGCUAUGUGAAGAGCAGAUCCUGAAUCCUUCUCAUCUCCUGCGAUCCUGAGGACUCAUGAUGAACAACGCGCAGGACAUGUCGCCUGAUUUCGUGUUGAUGCGCCUGGUCUCCGCGGCCGAGGAUGACCGGCUGGACGCAGAGAACGGGAACCUGCCUCCGGGUGGAGUAGGGGUGGCAGGGCUGGGGAAGGAGGUCCUGGCUCACAGCGGCGUCAAAGCUGGGUUGGAUAUAAGCCGAGAUCCGACAGCGGGCCUCGAGCAUCCCAGCAGCCGCCUGAACAAAGCCCAGCCGAGCGGGGAGGGCGCACCUGACACCGGGGGGACGCAGAGCCGAGCCCCGCUGUCUGCGCCUCCUCCUCAGCCGCAGCAGAGCCCCAUGGAGGCCCCGGGCUUUGACUUCACCAGCAGCCCCGGCCUCCGGCCUCAGCUGCUGGUCUUCUCCAACAUAAUGCGGAACGGGGAAGGGAUUUUGGAGCUAGACCGUCUGAGUCAGGGGAGGGAUGCUCUGGGUUUGGAGCAGAGCGCGGGGUCUGUCUGCUCCGGCCCGACUGUCAACAACAACACCCUGAGUCCGGGAGACGCGCAGCAGCAGCAGCAGAACCUGCUGGACCGGGCAUGGGGGGCUCAUCCUCCGGGUUCUGGGACCGGGGACAUGCAGGGUGCUGCGGAGCUGUGCCGCCGGCAUAGACUCAUCACCACCACCCCGCCCGAGUGGCCCUUGUUGUCGGAGAGGUCCAACCCUCUCAGCGUGAUGGAGUCUAAGUGGGGGUGCGCCACCAGGGACCGGGAGGGAGCCGUGUUCGAGCUGGCCCGGCGGUUUGGGGAGCUGGGGGUCGGAGCGGUCCCCAAGAUGCUGCUGAAAGCCGGGGAGCUCCCGCAGUGCUCGUGUCAGGGAGGAGGGGGGGAGCCCGGGGGGGACCCCACAGAGACCAGCGACGCUCUGCUGGUCCUGGAGGGGCUGGGGAGCGGGGAUGUUGCCGGCCUGAGCAUGGACCAGUGUCCAGAGGGGGACACGGAGGAUGAAAACGGACGCAGGGAGUUUUUACUCAACAGGAAAAGGGAGAUAGUCCAGAAGAUGUCUGGGACUUUCUCCAUCAGCAGCUUCCAGGCGGAGCUGCGGAGGCAGGUGGAGGUGAUGGACCCGGCUGCGGCUCCAGGCGCGCAGGUGUGCACUCUCCACGGGACCUUACCCAGCCAGAUCUCACAGGUAAGCUCAGAGGUCGUCGCCCAGGUUCCCACCAUGUCACCUGCACCCACGCCGACCCAGAGCACACCUGGGGCAACCACCCCGAACCUGAGCCAGGCGUCUACACCCAGGAGGAGACCGGAGCGGUGCGCCAGCGCGCCUCGGACUCCCACGGGCUGGGAUAAGACCCUGAAAGUCCCAGGGAAGUCCAAAAAGGGUCUAAAGAUCCGUCUGAGCAAACUGUUCCGGACUAAAAGCUGCAGCGGCUCCAAUCACCUGCUGGACAAGAGGCCCUCAGUGACCUACUCUGUGUCUUCUGCUGGGAGUCUGGUGGACAUGGCGAGCAGUCCUGGAGCUGAGCAGGACGCAGACAGCCAGCCCAGACUGACCAGGGCCCACAGUGCCUUCUCCCCCGCCUCCCUCUCUGCCUCCCUCUCUGCUUUCACGGGUGAGACUGUUUCUCUGGUGGACGUGGAUAUUUCACGGAGAGGGGCCAACACGCCACACCCUCCCACGCCGCCCCCUCCGCCACGCAGAAGUCUCAGUUUGUUAGAUGACAUAGCCGGGCCUCAGCCUGGUCCUUUCCUAUUGAGUGUUAUGGGCGCCUCCCUGCAGUCCCUCCCCCUGCCUCUCCCUCCUCCUCCUCUUCCCUCCCACGCCACCAUCCAGCACAGUCUCAGCCUCAAUGACGCCUUCCUCCGGGCCCUCCCUCAUUCAAGCUCAUCCUCGGCUGACACCCGCCCCUCCAGACAAGCCCCGCCCCCUAUGCUCUGCGCCCUGCGGAGGUCAGAAGCCAGCAACUUCACGGCCUCUUUGAGAGAGCUGGAGAAGUGUGGCUGGUACUGGGGUCCGAUGAACUGGGAGGACGCGGAGAUGAAGCUGAAGGGGAAACCGGACGGAUCGUUCCUGGUCCGGGACAGUUCAGACCCCCGUUACAUCCUGAGCCUCAGCUUCAGGUCGCAGGGAGUCACACACCACACACGCAUGGAGCACUACAGAG